AAAAAAAAAAAAAAAAAAAAAAAAAAAAAAAAAAAGUGACUGCCUGAUCACGCAAAAGUUUGCUGUAGGUCAAUAUCGCGUCGUUAUUUUUUUCUCUCUGUUCUUUCUUUUGUUUACAUCUUGUAUAAGACCCUCUUUUGUUAAUUCAUUAGGAUAUAAUAAUUAAAUGAAUAGCAAGAAAUUCUCUAGAUCAAAGAAGAGCGACGGCAGCAAUUUGCCCAACUUUGUUUUCAAUUUCAAUGGAAGCCAACCUGGUAGUCCUUUAGCUUCUCCUGGUGGGUUUGGGUCAAACAGUAAUCCCGCCAGUCCAGCCUCCAGCAGCUUUAACUUUGGCACGAAUACUUCUCAGUCAUUUGUCUUUGGCGACCCAGCAACUACACCAUCUGCUGCAGCAACCGCCUCUCCCACCACAAACACACCCUUUAGUUUUAGCUCCCCUCAGUCUAAUAAAAGAGUCCAAUCCCAACUGGAACUUGGUGCCUCUGAACGUGACACCUUUCGUCGUACUGCUUCAGACAAUAAUUUGGCCACACCAACCAACGCUACUCCUACCAACUUGGGCUCAUUUACCUUUGGUGCUGCUCCAGUAAAGAGCUCUUUAUCAAGUCAAGUAUCCUUUGGUUCAACUGAUUUCAGUAUUGGUGCUACCCCAGCAUCAACAACUGCCACAACAAAUCCAACUAACACCCCCUUUUCCAUUGCUGCUUCAUCCACGCCUACAAUCACCACCGUUGCCGAACCUACAAGCGCUUUUGGUUCAGCAGGAACUAGCAAGCCUUUUACAUUUGGUUCUCCUGCACCAACAUCUACUGCUGUCUCCACUGCCACCUCAACACCCCUAUUUGGUGCCUCACCUUUAACUGCCGAUAAACCAGCAUCAGGGAAUACACUUCCAUCAUCAUCCGCUGCUUCAGCUGUACCUACUACAGCACCGACUGGUGGAUUUUCAUUUGGCUCCCCAGCAAGCACAACGGCUACAUCUGCUCCAAAGCCAGCUUCUGCUGGUUUUUCAUUUAGUGCCCCAGCUUCAGAUACAGCCGAAAAGAUACCAUCAACCACGUUUUCAUUUGGUACUGCUCCAUCUGACGCAGCCAAACCGGCAACACCAGCAUCUGUUUCCCCAUUCGGCGCUAGCACCGCCACUAAAUCAAAUGAAAUCCCUGCCACAUCUGCUGCUAGUACACCUAGUAAUAACAGUUUUUCAUUUAACACUCCCAAAGUUACCGUAAGUACUCCCACUACCUCCACUAGCAGCUCCAGUCCUUUCACUUUCGGUGCACCAUCUUCAACUGCAUCACCUACACCUGCUACAUCUACCACUACUUCUGCCGCAGCAACUACAACUACCUCGACGACAGCAACUACUUCUGCUGCUGCUCCAACAUCCUCUCUUUUUUCAUUAGGCACACUUACAGGAGAAAAGGAUAAAAAAGCAGGUACGGUCACAAGUGCUCCAUUCACAUUUGGUGGUAGUACUACUGCCAGUACUGCUCCUGCUGCUACAACCUCUAUUCCCGCAAUUGAUCCCAAUAAGCCCAACCCAUUCUCGUUCAGUAAAAUAUUGGAUGAAUUAGCUCAAACCGCUGCACAGCCUCCAAAUCAAAUAUAUGCUUCAUUAAUUACACCUAGUGUAAAUGCAUUACAACAAAAUCAAAUCGUAUCACACACAAAUUUCCGUAUUGAUAAUAUUUUAUCCACAACACGCUUCACUGAACUUCCUGAACAAGCACAAAAGGAAUUGGACGAGUUGGAAAAAUACGUUCGUUUGGAAGGACAACGCUGUGAAUAUAUCGGCAAUCAUAAGGUGCCUCAACACGUCAAUGUGAUGAACAAGGCAAAAAAGGACACCGAAUCAUUGUCACAGCAAUUGGAUGCAUUUUCAAGUACAUUAAAGGGUCAAGUGGAAUCUAUCGCAUCCUUAUACGAAAAUGUGAAAACACAAUUAAGACAUGCAAACGAAGGAUGUGCUGUCAUAGAAGCUUGUAAACAUCCUGGAAAUAAUGCCAGAUGGUUGUUUGGGUACUCGGAAUAUGACAAUUAUUUCUCUUUACUUGCUAAACAAUUGGGUGGAAGAUUAGAGGAAUACAAAAAAUGUAUCUGGGAAAUUGAAAGAACCGCUGAAUCCUGGUCGCAUAACAGAGUACAAUCACCCCAAGAUAUUGCCGAUAUUAUGCGUGCUCAAAAUCAAGCCUUCUUGGCACUAUCCAACAAGGUUGCAGCGUUACAUGAAAGUGUUAAUGUGGAGCUCCAUUAUUACAACCAAUAUUUGAAAAUGUAUUCAUAAGACAUGUGUAUAUAUAUUUUUUUACCUAUUGAUUCUUACUGCCGUCAUUUUUGCAACUUGUCACUCGUCACCCACAUCUAUCAUAAUAAAAAGAAAAAUGAGCUAAAUAAAAAUCAAACUAUAACCAGC